GGGUAGAGACGAAGGGUGGCACGACCACACACCCCUAUACGCCUGAAGAGGAGGCCAAGGCCGCCGCCAUCUUGAAAGAGAGAAGGGAGAAGAGGGAGGCCAAGAAGAAGGCCAUGCAGGAGGAGCAGGCGCCCAAGUGAAAAAAAUUGAAGAGGAGAUGGCCAGAGAAAAGGAGAGAAUAAAGAAAGAAGAAGAGCAGAAGUUGAAGGAGGUGGAAGAGGAAGAGGAAGAGGAAGAAGAUGAAACGCCACUGCAAAGGAAGAGAGGGCAGUACAGUGGCAGUAGAGAUUAGGAGAUGGAGAAACGAAUUUCGGAAUGGGUCGCGAUGUAUAUCUCCAAGGAUGACCAGGAAGCCGCUAUAAGAGCCUGGGAAGCAGAAAAAGAUGUCGUAAACCGGCAGGCGUUGGAAGACGAAAAGAGGAUGGAGUGGAAAUUGGCCGUGAUGAGGGAGAAGAAGAGGAGAGUAGACGCGGCAGCGGAGGCAGCAGAAGAAUUGGAGGAGCAAUAUGACUUUAGUAGGAGUCAACACAUAGCUGUGUGUUCAAUAAAGUUGGGAUUCCGGGACUUUGCUCGGGAGUUGGUAGGCGCUAAAGGCACCAAGGUGGGUCAUUGCCUCGAGAAGACUGAGCGGUUUUGUGCCGGCGUCAUUGAAGGCGUUAAAGCGGCAGCUCCCAAGGAGAAGGAAGCACGUCCUCCUCGCCGGGAGCCGGUCAAAGUCAAAUUCCGUAAUUCCUACAGUGGAAAACGGGAAGAAAACUUUGACAAUUGGGAGGCCAAUGUCAAGACCUAUGUGCAUCUGCAACAGGUCUCCCCGGAUCAGCAGUUCCUAAUUGCGAUCCACUCGCUUAGAGAUGAGGCCGCCAGCUUUGCAAGGUCCCUAGCUCGCGCUGCCAACUGUAGUGACGAUCCAGUUGCGUACUCCUCGUUCACGUCCCUCACUGAAUUCUUGAAGCUGUUGCGCGAGCGAUUUGCUGAUGUCGCUCGCAGUGUUAAGGCCUCGGACAAGCUCCAAACGAUCCAUGCCUGUAAGUGGAAGAGUGUCAAGGCACUCAAGAGCACAAUGGACGAAUUGGUAGCUGUCCCUGACCAUGGGGUUACAAACACCCAGUUGGUCGCCCUCUUUUAUAGAGCGAUGCCCGAAGCUUUUCGCGAGCACUUCUUCGCGAAGAGCGAAGACCCUGCCACCACUUACGAUUCCCUUAGCUGUGAAGUGGUGGCCUUUGAGGCAAAAUCUGUGUUAGUUUCCACCUUCUGGCACAAAGAUUUGGAUAAGGGAAAACAAUGGAAGGGCCGCAUUAUCUCUGGGCAGGUGAAGACUAAGGAUAGCCUUGUCCUAACUUUAGAUGAGGGUAGUGUGGAUGAGAUCCCCUACGAUCAGAUUGAGUGGGGGUUAGAAGAGGAGGACAGCGGUGUGGGCCAGGGAAGGACUUACGCUGCUGCGUAUUUUCGCCUAGAGAAGGAUGGGAAAGUGGAGAAGGUUCUCCACUCCCUGACUCUCCUCGUCGAAGACAGCCUCCCAUUUGAUAUUGUCCUGGGAAUGGAUUGGGGAGAGGCAGCCGGGGCCACGCUCCAUUUGAAGGAGCACGAGUGUAGGCUCCCUAGCUCUUCAGGCGAGGCUAAGACUGCCCGCCUGUUCCAUGUGUCAGGAGUAGAGAAUCCCUUGGCACAUUGCUGCCUUAGUGUGCCUGCAUUCGCCAGAUUAGUGAAGAAGGAGAAAUUGGAGGAACAGGUCUUUGUUGCCUAUGUUAGGCCAAUGACUGAGCCUACGAAAGAAAUGUCGAUGGACCCUGCGAUUGCCAAGCUGCUGGAAGAGUUCAAGGAUCUAACUGAGCCGCCGACAGGAGUAGUACCGCGGCCCAUCCAGCACCGCAUUGAGAUAGAGCCUGACAGUAGAACUCCCAAGGGCGCUGUGUAUAGGAUGUCCCCACGGGAGUUAGAGGAGCUUCGCAAGCAAUUAGACGAGCUCCUCGAGAAGGGUUGGAUUAGGCCCAGUUCGUCUCCUUUCGGAGCACCCGUUCUCUUUGUUCCUAAGAAAGAGGGAGAGCUGAGAAUGUGCAUACACUAUAGGGGUCUGAAUGCUAUUACAGUGAAGAAUGCUGAGCCACUGCCUAGGAUAGACGAUCUCUUAGAUCGAGUGCAGGGGGCCAGAUAUUUCUCUAAGAUAGACUUAAAGUCCGGAUAUCAUCAGAUAAAGCGGUGUAUGAAUGAUUUGUUUAGGCCAUGGUUAGACAGAUUCGUCGUAGUUUACUUAGAUGACAUUUUAGUGUUUAGUAAGACCGUUGAAGAUCAUCAGGGUCAUCUCAGGCAGGUCUUGGAGAAGCUGAAGGAAGCUAACUUCAAGAUCAAUGCAAAGAAGUGCGAUUGGGCAAAGACCCAAGUUUUGUACCUAGGCCACGUCUUAGACGGAGACGGCGUCACGCCGGAAGAUAGUAAGAUUGCAGCGAUUCGAGAUUGGCCAACACCGCGAACGUUGACAGAACUGCGGUCGCUCUUAGGCCUGGCAAACUACUACAGGAAGUUCGUGAGGAACUACUACAGAACUCCGCCCCUUCGCAGAUUGCUCAGAAAGGAGACCAUCUGGAAGUGGGAUAAGGACUGCACGUCUGCUAUGAAGAAGUUGAAACAGGCGUUGAUAGAGUAUCCAGUCCUUAAGGUCGCCGAUCCGUCCUUGCCCUCUGUCGUCACUACGGACGCUAGCCAGUACGACAUAGGUGCCGUGUUACAGCUAGAUGAUGGCAAUGGUUAUAGGCCCGUAGAGUUUAUGUCUGCCAGAAUGCCUUCAGAGAAGGUCGCGACAUCUACCUAUGAGAGGGAACUCUACGCUCUCAGGCAAGCCUUGGAACACUGGAAGCACUACUUGCUUGGGAGGCACUUCAAAGUCUACUCAGACCAUGAGACGUUAAGAUGGUUAAAGACGCAGGCCAAGAUGACACCUAAGCUUACUAGGUGGGCCGCAAAGAUAGAUCAGUACGACUUUGAGCUCAAGCCAGUCAAAGGGAAAUAUAACGUAGUCGCGGAUGCUCUGAGUAGAAGAGCUGAUUACUUUGGGGCAAUAGUACACUACCUCGAUAUAGGAAAGGAUCUCCAGCAGAAGGUUAGAGAAGCCUACGCGCAGGACCCUAUCUACAGUGACCUCCUUAAGAAAGUCAAAGAGGCCCCAGAGACUGAACCGAACUACCGCACUACCGAAGGGUUGCUCUUUGAGAAGACUAAUGUAUUUGACCGCCUGUGCAUUCCCCGUAGCGAAGAGAUUCGUAGUCUGAUUCUGGGAGAAUGCCACGACACAGAGGGUCAUUUUGGUUGGCAAAAGACUUUAGCCAAUCUAAUGCGCAUAUAUACCUGGCCAGGGAUGAAGAAUGACUGCGUAGAGUAUGUUCACAGUUGUAAAGUCUGCCAGCGUAACAAGACUUCUAUGCGUGUUUCGCUAGGUCUUCUCAGACCCUUGCCCAUUCCGGACCAGCCGGGAGACUCAGUAUCCAUAGACUUCAUGGACACUCAGGUCAAGAGCAGGCAUGGCAAGAGCCAAGUCAUGGUCAUAGUUGACCGUUUUAGUAAGUACGCAGUUUUUGUUCCUUUGCCUUCAGAGGCACGUACUGAUUUAGUCAUACAGAGGCUUUUUGACUGUUGGGUGAGUGAGAAUGGACUCCCACUAUCUAUAGCUAGCGAUAGAGAUAGUCGCUUUACUAGCCAGAACUGGCAAGAACUCAUGGGAGUAUAUUGAUCUAAGCUGUUGAUACCGUCUGGCCGCCAUCCAGAGACUAACGGUCAGACCGAGCAAAUGAACAAGAUCCUACAGC